AUGGAAUUGUUUUACUAUCUAAGAUCGCUAAGUGGACGCGAUUUAUCUGAUGAAGACCGUGUUCUCUUACGACUGCCCUUUCUUGCUCAAAUAGUUUUAAGUCUCAAAAAGUUAUUGCGCGAUUUGGGUAACUUUGAAGAAGGAUUUAACUUGGAAAACACAAUUGAAGAUGCUCAACUUAUAUUUAGAAACGCCGAUCAAAUAAAACAGGGUAACUUGUCAACGAAAGUUAUUGCAGCCUUAAAAAACCUUCGUCAGGAUAAUGCUAUGCAGAGUUACCUAAAGGUGGCAACUGACCAGGCUGCUGACUCUUCGAACUACUUUUUUUCAUCUCUCGAGCGUUUAAUUCACAAUAACUUUGUGCCUUCAGAAGACGAUAUGCUGCACAUUAAAUGCGGCUCAUGUGGCAUAGCAGAAGAAACCAUUACACAUGUAGGAGACUCUUUCAGAUUUAUCUGUGUCUUUACAAACCGCUCAUCAAUAAAGAAGUGGGUCCACUUUUUUGAGGAAGUGGAUGCAAUUAUUUUUAUCGCGUCCCUCGUCAACUAUGAUGAGCCACUGAUCCACGACCCAGAAAAGUUGCGUCUCCGUGAUGAUAUGGCUUAUUUCGAGUCGAUUUGCAACAGCAAGUGGUUCGGCAAUUGCUCUCAAAUUGUUCUCAUUCUCAAUAAAUUCGACUUGUUCACAAGAAAAAUUGCUACCUCUCCACUGAAAAUUUGUUUUCCGGAUUACCGAGGCUCCUCUGAUCCAAUGGAGGCUGCACAAUUCAUCCAAAAGAAAUUCGAAGCCCUCAAUCGGAAUCCCCUUAGAACGGUCCACUCCUAUAUCACAAGCGUCCGGAGCAAAGAUUCUGUGAAGGAGAUUGUCGAUGCCAUCAUUAAUCUUACCGCGAAAUCAUCAAAGACAUAA